UUAUAGUAGGAACUAGGAAGGACGAGAAAGAGGGAGUGUCCAGUGUUCCCCUCUCCUCUCCAUAUGCAUAGUGGAAGAAAAACCCAACUCACUGAAUGUUGGGUUCGAUUCGAGUUGAUUCCAUUCGAUUCCAUUCAGUUCAAUAAUUUUGAGUUUUAUUGGUAAAUUUUGUUUUAUUGAAGCAGCAGGGAUUUACCUCCCUAUGACGCGCAUGAUAUUCAGACGCUUAUCGACUAGACUGCUGAACAUAUGCGUAGCUUCCUUUUGCAAAGCAAAACAGAUAGAGAAAGCGGAAUCAAUAAUCAUUGAUGGUAUACGAUUAGGUCUACUUCCUGACGCGGUUACCUACAACACUCUCAUUGAUAGCUAUGGUCGUUUUGUUAGCAUUGAUGCAGCUUACGCAGUUUUGUGGAGAAUGCGGGAAGCUGGGAUUGACCCAGAUGUUGUAACUUACAAUUCUUUGAUAGCUGGUGCGACAAGGAGGUGCCUUUUGUCGGUGUCCCUUGACCUGUUUGACGAAAUGCUUCAGUCAGGGAUAUAUCCCGAUGUGUGGAGUUACAAUACGUUGAUGGAUUGCUUUUUUAAGGUAGGAAAACCUGAUGAAGCAUAUGUAGUUUUUAAAGAUAUAAUAUUGAAUAAUCUCUCGCCUUGUCCAACUACUUUUAAUACCCUGAUUAACGGGCUCUGCCAGAAUGGGUACAUCACCAAUGCCCUUAUGAUGUUUAGGAGUUUGCAGCGUCAUGGGUUUGUUCCGCAAUUAGCUACCUAUAAUACUCUCAUUAGUGGGUUAUGUAAAGCAGGGAAAUUGGCGGCUGCUAGGAGGGCACUUAAGGAGCUAGGAAAAUCAGGUCUUAUGCCCAAUGCAAUAACGUAUACUACAGUAUUGAAAUGUUGUUUUAGGUCAAGGAAGCUUAAGCAAGGCCUUGACAUAAUGUUGAAGAUUAAGAAUAGUGGGUAUACGUUUGAUGGGUUUGCAUAUUGCACGGUCAUUGGCGCUUUAGUUAAGACAGGGUGGAUAAAAGAGGCAGCUGACUACAUGGAGGAGAUGACAAGGAAUGGUAUUGAGCGUGACAUAGUGUCUUAUAAUACUUUGCUUAACUUGUAUUGCAAACAAGGGAAGUUCGAAGCCAUGUACGAAUUGUUUGAUGAGAUAGAGAAAGGAGGUUUAGAAUGUGAUGAAUAUACGCAUACGAUUCUGAUUAAUGGUUUGUGCAAGGCAGGUGAUAUUGAGGGGGCCAUGCAGCAUUUAAAAUAUAUGAAUACAAUGGGGUUUGAUUCAAAUUUGGUUGCCUUCAACUGUGUGGUUGAUGGACUGUGUAAAGCUCGUCUCAUUAAUCAUGCUCUAAAAAUGUUUGAAUCGAUGGAGAUGAAGGAUUCAUUUACUUGCUCAUCCAUGGUGCAUGGUCUUUGCAGGGCAAGAAGGUUCCACAGCGCAUCCAAAAUCUUGAGAUAUAGUAUUAGAAGUGGCAUGAAGAUGCUCAAAGCCGACGCAAGAGCUGUCCUGGACGGUCUUUCUGGUUCUGGGUGUGCAAGAGAAGCAAGAUGGCUUCGGUCAAAAAUUAGAGGGGCGCGACUAUUACAUUAAGAAUAUGAAUGCGAUUCCAUAUAAUGCAUACGAAUUCCAAUUUUUCUGCAUUGUGAAAUUGACUGAAGUUAAGGGAAGUUCUUCACAGAUUAAAGUCUUGGUCAUCCCCAAAUUACGCCUGACUUUUUUCAGACGAGAAGUUAUU